AUGAAAGUGCAAAUUCAUAAGCAGAACAUUGACAUUGAUUGGACCAACUUCAGCAAUUUGGGAUACCUCUAUUUUAUUAUGUUACUGUUGUUAUUAAGGCCUACGGUUUCUUUGUCGACCAUUAAGUAUAUUCCUGGAUUUUCCGGUUCCCUUCCCUUCAAGCUUGAAACUGGAUAUAUUGGCGUGGAUGAGAACCAAGAUGUUCAACUCUUCUACUAUUUUAUAGAAUCUGAAGGAAAUCCAAGUGAGGAUCCCCUGGUGCUUUGGCUCACUGGAGGCCCUGGUUGCUCUGCCUUCUCCGGACUUGCUUUUGAGAUAGGCCCUAUACGUUUUGACAUUGUCAAGUAUAAUGGCAGCUUACCAACCAUGGCACUGCAUCCGCAUUCAUGGACAAAGGUCUCCAGUAUAAUCUUCUUGGAUGCACCAGUAGGCACUGGAUUCUCCUAUUCAAGGAGCUUCCAAGGUUCCAAGACUGGAGACACAAAGUUUGCCAAACAAAGUUAUGAAUUUCUGAGAAAGUGGUUGCUGAGACACCCAAAAUUUAUUAGAAAUCCCCUCUAUGUUGCCGGUGACUCACAUUCUGGAAGGAUCGUUCCGAUCAUUUCAAGUAAAAUAUCAGCUGGCAUUGAAGUUGGGCAUGAACCACCAAUCAAUCUCAAAGGUUAUGUGCUGGGUAACCCAGCAACAGAUUCAAAAUUUGAUGACAAUUCAAAAGUUCCAUUUGCUCAUCGCAUGGCACUUAUUUCUGAUGAACUCUACCAGUCGGCGAAAAGGAAUUGCAGAGGAGAAUAUGUAGAAGUAGACAAGAGCAAUGUACAAUGUGCAAAGGAUCUUAAAGCUAUCUAUGAGUGCACUAAACGAGUGAAUCAUGCACACAUCUUGGAAAAAAAGUGCACUCCAAUCUCAAGAAAACUAAAUAAGGAGGAUGCCCGUUAUCACAGAUAUCUCCUGGAAGAAUACGACGAGUCCUUGUUUAUGCCUGUUGAUCCUCAAGAGUGCAGGUACUACAAUAAUUUUCUUUGCAACAAGUGGGCGAAUGAUAUCAGUGUCCAAAAGGCGCUUCGCGUUCGAAUGGGAACAAUCAAGGAAUGGAUAAGGUGUAACAGAAGCUUAGAUUACGAACAUGAUGCCAAGAGUCUUUUGAGCUAUCAUCUGCGUCUUAAUAAGAGAGGUUACCGAGCUCUAAUAUACAGUGGUGAUCAUGACAUGGCUAUUCCCUACUUGGGCACCCAAUCUUGGAUCAAGGCUUUAAAUUUUUCUGUUGUCGACGAGUGGAGGCCAUGGCUGGUUGAUGGUCAAGUUUCAGGAUAUUCCAGGGAAUACACCAACAACUUCACAUUUGCAACUGUAAAGGGAGCGGGCCACACAGCUCCAGAAUACCAGCCUAAGGAAUGUUUGGCCAUGUUUGAAAGAUGGAUUUCUCAAGAACCUUUGUGA